AUUUACAGCGCGCCCUCCCGCCCCUUGGGUGUUCAAGCUCCGCGCGCGGCCCGUGUGGCAGCCACACGACUGGAGCUUGGGCGCUUUCAGUAGCCUUUCCUUUCCGUCAUGUUCUCGGCCGUCUCCUCUCCGCGGACGCCGGGGCCUGGAACCCGAAGGGGCCCGAUGAGCGGGGUCGGGCCGGGCUCCACGCCGCGGGCGACGAGUAGGAAGGGUCUAGCCCUGGGGUCUGCAGUCAGCUCCCCGGUGCUGUUCUCUCCGGUCGGUCGGCGUAGUUCGCUGAGCUCGCGAGGAACACCUACGCGAACGUUGCCACAUCACUCCAUAACUGAAGCUAUGAACUAUGAUGUGAAAACGCUUGGAUUAUUUCUUCCUGUUACGAUUAUGGAAGCAUUGAAUAAAGAGAGUGAUCAGCUGACUGUUCACAUAGAUGAAGGUGGAUGGGCUUGUCUGGUCUGCAAAGACAGACUCAUCAUUUGGAAGAUGGCCGUGUCACCUAUUUCUAAGUUAGCCGUUUGCAAAGAACUUCAGCUGCCACCCAGCGACUUCCACUGGACUGCUGACUUGGUGGCUCUCUCCUACUCUGAUCCCUCAGGGGAAGCACAUUCUACUCAGUCUGUUGCCGUCAUGGUUGCCACCAGAGAGGGAUCCGUUCGCUACUGGCCCAGUCUCGCUGGCGAGGACACCUACACAGAGACUUCUGUAGAUUUGGGAGGCGAUAAGAUGUACAAUUUCCUGACAGCAGUGCAGGGAGGAAGUUUUAUUUUGUCCUCAACGGGAAGCCAGCUGAUCCGGCUGACGCCUGACAGCUUGGGCAAGAUUCAUCAGCGCGUCCUGCCUCAGGGGCAAGGCGUGCUUUCGGGGAUUGGUCGGAAGGUUUCUUCUCUUUUGGGAAUUUUGUCUCCUAGCAGUGACCUCAUGCUUUCAAGUGUCCUUUGGGACAGAGAGAGAGCGAGCUUUUACAGCCUGACAAGUUCAAACAUCAAUAAAUGGGAAGUAGAUGAGUCUUCAGAAAAACAAGUGCAUAGUUGGGAUAUAAAUAGAACCCUGAAGGAAAACAUUACUGAUGCCAUUUGGGGAUCUGAAAGUAACUAUGAAGGCAUUAAAGAAGGUGUCAACAUUCGAUACUUGGAUUUGAAACAAAACUGUGAUGGGCUCCUGGUUCUGGCGGCAGCGUGGCACCCAGCAGACAGCCCAUGUCUGGUCUACUACUCUCUGGUGACAGUCGAGGAUAACGGCCACCAAAUGUCGGACGCAGUCACUGUAGAAGUCACGCAGUAUAACCCGCCUUUUCAGUCCGAAGAGGCGCUCCUGUGUCGGUUGAUGGUCCCAGACUUCUCAAACCAGACCGCCUACCUGUACAGUGGGACUGCUGUCUUCGUGUGCUCCACGGGGACUGGGAGGUUUUCUCCGCCGCAGGAGAAAAUUGUCUUCAGUACACCAGGGGAUCGUAUCUUAGGAGCUGGCUCCUGUGGCGGCAUUCCCAUCCUUUUUUCUAAGAAGAGUGGGCUGGUGUCUGUGACUCCCAGGGAAAAUGUGUCCGUGCUAGCAGAGGACCUUGAGGAUUCCUUAGCCUCUUCAGUUGCUGGGCCGAGCAAUGAGAGCAUGGUGUUUGAGACCUCCACGAAGAAUGAGCCCAUGGCCCAGGAAGAUAAAACCCGGCUGCUGAAAGCUGCUUUUCUGCAGUACUGCAGAAAGGAUCUAGGUCACGCACAAGUGAUGGUGGAUGAACUGUUUUCCUCCCACUCGGAUCUGGGUUCCGACUGCGAGCUGGAUGGAGCCGUCGCCCAGAUCAGCGUGGACCUGGUGGACGACUACCCAGCCUCCGACCCGCGGUGGGCCGAGUCUGUCCCCGAGGAAGCACCGGGGUUUAGCAACACGUCACUGAUUAUUCUUCACCAGCUGGAAGACAAGAUGAAAGCUCAUUCUUUCCUCAUGGACUUCAUUCACCAAGUGGGCUUGUUUGGGCGCCUGCGCACCUUCCCGGUGAGAGGGGUGCCCAUGGCGACUCGGCUGCUGCUGUGCGAGCACGCGGAAAAGUUGUCAGCGGCGGUCGUGCUCAAGAACCACCACUCGAGGCUGCCCGACCUCGUGAACACCGCGAUCCUGAUCGCUCUGAACAAACGGGACUGCGACAUCCCAUCCAGCCUGACACCGGCGGACAUCUUUUUUAGAGAGGUGUCGCAGGUGGACACCAUCUGCGAGUGUCUGCUGGAGCACGAGGAGCAGGUGCUGAAGGACACGUCUCUGGAGUCGGUGGAGUGGGCGGAGGUGGUGAUCAACGUGAACACGAUUCUCAAGGACAUGCUGCAAGCUGCUAGUCAUUAUCGACAAAACAGAAACUCGGUGUAUAGAAGGGAGGAACCACUAGGAAAAGAACCUGAAUAUAUUCCAUGGACAGCAACGAGCGGUCCUGCCGGCAUCCGAACAGCAAUCACACGCCAGCAUGAGAUCGUGCUGAAAAUGGUGUACCCCCAAGCAGACAGCAAACUCCGCAACAUCCUGACGGAGCAGCUGGUCUCGCUGAUCGAUUGCUUCCUGGACGGUUACACUUGUCAGCUGAAGUCCCUGGACAGAUCCAGUGAUCAGGAGAGAUACAGCAACCUGGAAGUUGAAUACGCACAGAGGAGAUCAGAGCUCUUGUCUCCUCUCCUCACACUGGGCCAGUACUCAUGGGCGGCUUCGCUGGCGGAGAAGUACUGUGACUUUGACAUCUUGGUGCAGAUGUGCGAGCUGACCGACAACCAGAGCAGGCUGCAGCGCUACAUGACCCAGUUUGCAGACCAGAAUUUUUCAGACUUUCUCUUCCGUUGGUAUCUGGAGAAAGGGAAGAGAGGCAAAUUACUGUCUCAGCCCAUUGCUCAGCACGGCCAGUUGGCGGACUUUUUGCAAGCUCAUGAACAUCUCAGCUGGUUACAUGAAAUCAACAGCCAAGAAUUAGAAAAGGCCCAUGCGACACUUCUGGGCUUGGCGAACUCGGAAACUCGCUACUUUGCAAAGAAGAAAACCCUUCUCGGCUUGAGUAAACUGGCUGCAUUAGCAUCAGAUUUUUCAGAAGAUACACUGCAAGAAAAAAUCGAAGAAAUGGCCGAGCAGGAGCGCUUUCUGCUGCACCAGGAGACCCUGCCUGAGCAGCUGCUCGCGGAGAAGCAGCUCAGUCUCAGCGCAAUGCCUGUCCUGACCGCGCCACAACUCAUCCAUCUGUACAUCUGUGAAGAGAACAGAAGAGCUAAUGAAUAUGAUUUUAAGAAAGCUUUGGACUUGCUGGAGUAUAUUGAUGAGGAGGAAGAUGUAAAUAUAAAUGAUCUGAAACUGGAAAUCCUUUGCAAAGCUCUUCAGAGAGAUAACUGGUCCAGUUCCGACGGUAAAGAUGAUCCGAUUGAAGUGUCCAAAGACAGUAUAUUUGUGAAAAUCUUACAGAAACUUUUAAAAGAUGGCAUCCAGCUCAGCGACUACCUGCCCGAGGUGAAGGACCUGCUACAAGCAGAGCAGCUGGGAAGCUUGAAGUCCAACCCUUACUUCGAAUUUGUUUUGAAAGCAAAUUAUGAAUAUUAUGUCCAGGGACAAGGGUGACUUUUUCUCGAAAUGGUCAUUGUUGCUGGAAAUUUGUAUACACUGUUAUAAAAAUGUUAGGCCUUAAACAUGUAGCAGUUUGUACAGUUUUCUAACAUGUUUUGCUGAGGUUUUUGUGCUUUAUUUGGAAGCUACU